AUGGAACAUCCAACGUUGUACACAGUAAUUGCUAUUUACUACCCCAUUCUUGCAGCAUUUGGAAUUCCUGUUAAUUUGCUGGCGAUUGCGGUCCUGUUAAGAGGAAAGUGCGGUCUCUCCAAGUGCAUCACUCGCUAUUUGGUAGCCAUGGCGGCGGCUGAUCUCCUGGUUGUCCUUGUAGAUGUGCUGCUGAAUAAAAUAAACAAUCUGUAUUUCCCACUAAAUAUCUUAUUCUACACUCCAGUGUGUAGUACGAGAAUUGUGUUGCUUAGUGUCGCUAUGCACAGCUCUCUGUGGUUCACUGUGGCUUUCACUUUCGAUCGUUUUGUAGCCAUUUGUUGCCAAAAGCUGAAACCAAUAUAUUGCACUGAGAGGAUGGCCACAGUGGUCAUUUUAACAACACCCCGUGGUACUGGCAUCACCAAAUCAAGCUUCCAUAUCUUGGACACCUGGAAAGCUUUUGAAAGGCUUCAACGUAUUGUUCUUCCCAUGUUUGGUUUUGCUUUCGUUUGCCUGUUUAACGCUCUGACUGUCAGGCACAUUAUGAUGGCCAAUAAGGUCCGCAAGAGGCUUCUGGGUCAGAGAAAUGCUGAGAAAACUAUUGAUCCAGAGUUAGAAAACCGAAGAAAAUCCGUCAUUUUACUCUUCGCCAUAUCGGGUAGUCUUAUACUGCUUUGGUUAACUUUUGUUUCAUAUUCCUUCAAAUGGCAACUUUCCAAUUUUAAUUACACCGCAAUAUUUGCCAAUAAUAUGCGGUACAUAGUGCAAGAAACCGGAAUCAUGCUUCAAAGGUUGAGUUGCUGUACCAACACCUGCAUUUAUGCUUUGACUCAGACCAAGUUCAGAGAAGAGCUUCGGAAAGGAAUAGUUUAUCCAUUUCGUAUCGUUGCUAAAUUCAUAAAGUUAUGGUAA